AAAUGUAGUCAUCUCUGAUCAUAUUUUAAGAGAGUCAUGGUGAUGAUUUUUUUCCCUUUUGUUCUUGUGCCUCCAUCUCCGCCUUUGUUGGUAGAGAUUGGAUCUGCUAUUCUUAGUGAGCAGAGGGAAGCCUCUUGGACUACACAACUUUAUACACGCUUUGAGGUGUCUCUCGCCCCUGUCCCCUCCCAGAGCACUGAUGGGUUGCAGUAGCUGGAUGGCCUUUCACUGUUCUGUUGACUGGGGCAGUCACCCCUCUAAGUGGGUGCUUGUGUUUCCUUGGGAGUGGCUCUAGGGCAUCGAGAAUAACCCUGUGAAUUACUACUGUUUUUUCAUCAGUAGUCAUGAUAUCAUUGCUAUUUGUUUCUUCGUCUGCAUAAACAAACAACCAGACCAGGGAAAGAGUGUAGCGUGAGGAGAGGACUCAUCCUACUCUGCCGCUGAUGAGCGGUUGUAUCGAGCGAGUCAGCAAUAGCCUAUGAAUUUGAAUUUGGACCCAUGAAUGUGAUCGCAGAGAUUUUGGAGCCCUCUCUUGCAUCCGAAUUCUGUGCCACUAAUCCUCUGAGUGUCAUCUCAGGAUCCUGGGCACACUCAUGGCACCAUGGCCAAUACGCAGGAGCCCCUGAGCUGCUCCUCUUCCCCACACUUGCCCUCGAGUGAAAGCAGGACCUUCAGCAGACUCCAGGAUGAACUCACGCCUGUGGGGAACCACCCUUCCCCCACGCUCCUUAAGGACCAGCAGGAAAAGGGGGUGGCACAAACAGAGCUAACCGAGAGCAUGAACAGCCCCAUCACCACAACAGUGUUGACAAGUGUGAGUGAGGAUUCCAGGGACCAGUUUGAGAACAGUGUUCUUCAGCUGAGGGAACACGAUGAAUCAGAGAUGGCCAUGUCUCAGGGGACCAGCAACACCGUAGAUGGAGAGAGCACAAGUGGAACUGAAGACAUCAAGAUCCAGUUCAGCAGAUCGGGCAGCGGCAGUGGCGGGUUUCUGGAAGGACUGUUUGGAUGCUUAAGGCCUGUAUGGAAUAUCAUUGGCAAGGCAUAUUCCACUGAUUACAAAUUGCAGCAGCAAGAUACUUGGGAAGUGCCAUUUGAGGAGAUCUCAGAGCUGCAGUGGCUGGGUAGUGGAGCCCAAGGAGCUGUCUUCUUGGGCAAGUUCCGAGCGGAGGAAGUGGCCAUCAAGAAAGUGAGAGAACAGAAUGAGACGGAUAUCAAGCAUUUGAGGAAGUUGAAGCACCCUAACAUCAUCGCUUUCAAGGGUGUUUGUACUCAGGCCCCCUGUUACUGCAUCAUCAUGGAGUACUGUGCCCACGGACAGCUCUACGAAGUUUUGCGAGCCGGCAGAAAGAUCACACCACGAUUGCUAGUGGACUGGUCCACGGGAAUUGCAAGUGGAAUGAAUUAUCUGCACCUCCAUAAAAUUAUUCAUCGUGAUCUCAAAUCACCUAAUGUUUUGGUGACUCACACAGAUGCAGUAAAGAUUUCAGAUUUUGGCACAUCUAAGGAACUCAGUGACAAAAGCACCAAGAUGUCCUUCGCCGGUACAGUGGCGUGGAUGGCACCAGAGGUCAUACGCAACGAACCUGUCUCUGAGAAAGUCGAUAUAUGGUCUUUCGGAGUGGUGCUUUGGGAGCUGCUGACAGGAGAGAUUCCUUACAAAGAUGUCGACUCUUCAGCCAUUAUUUGGGGUGUUGGAAGCAAUAGCCUGCACCUGCCAGUUCCUUCCACUUGCCCUGAUGGAUUCAAAAUCCUUAUGAAACAGACAUGGCAGAGUAAACCUCGCAACCGGCCUUCUUUCCGGCAGACGCUCAUGCAUUUAGACAUUGCCUCUGCGGACGUUCUCGCCACGCCCCAGGAAACCUACUUCAAGUCUCAGGCUGAAUGGAGAGAAGAGGUGAAAAAACACUUUGAGAAGAUCAAAAGUGAGGGAACUUGUAUACACCGAUUAGAUGAAGAGCUGAUUCGGCGGCGCAGAGAGGAGCUCAGGCAUGCUCUGGAUAUUCGGGAACACUAUGAGAGAAAACUGGAGCGGGCUAAUAAUUUAUACAUGGAGCUGAGUGCCAUCAUGCUGCAGCUAGAAAUGCGGGAGAAGGAGCUCAUUAAGCGUGAGCAAGCAGUGGAAAAGAAGUAUCCUGGAACGUACAAACGACACCCCGUCCGUCCAAUAAUCCACCCCAAUGCCAUGGAGAAGCUCAUGAAGAGGAAGGGCACACCUCAUAAAUCAGGGAUGCAGACCAAACGGCCAGAUCUGUUGAGAUCUGAAGGUAUCCCCAGUACAGAGGUGGCUCCCGCUGCAUCCCCUUUGUCCGGAAGUCCCAAAACGUCCACCUCGAGCAGCAAGAGCCGCUAUCGGAGCAAGCCACGCCACCGCCGAGGGAACAGCAGAGGCAGCCACAGUGAUUUCACAGGGAUCUUGAAAAACCAGCCAGCCCAGGACAGUUCACCCCAUCCCACUGACCUACACCACGCUCAGUCCCAGUACCCUUCUCCCCAUCACCACCAUCCUCUGCAGCAGCAGUACCAGCAAGCACCCCCUGCCGUGUCCCAGAGUCACCAUCCCAGAUUCAGUGUGCACGGACAGGACAUUGCCACCUGCGCCAACAACCUGAGGUAUUUUGGCCCAGCAGCGGCCCUGCGGAGCCCACUCAGCAACCAUGCUCAGAGACAGAUGCCCGGUUCCAGCCCCGACCUCAUCUCCACGGCCAUGGCGGCGGACUGCUGGAGAAGCUCUGAGCCUGAUGCGGGCCCACCUGGGCCCUGGGGCUGUUGUCAGGCUGACCCUUAUGACCCCUGCCUCCAGUGCAGGCCAGAACAGUGUGGGUCCUUGGACAUACCCUCUGCUGAGCCAGUGGGGAGGGGCCCCGACCUUUUCAAGUCACCAGCACACAAUCCCCUCUUGGAAGAUGCCCAAGGUUCCGAGAAAAUGGGAGAAAGGGAAUUCAAAGGCUGCAGGUCUGUGUCAUCCCUUGGCAUCCCUCACCACGUCACCCCCCCAGUGCUACCUCGAAACACAAGGCCCCUGCAAAAGAGUGGAGAUGACUCUUCAGAAGAGGAAGAAGGGGAAGUAGAUAGUGAAGUUGAAUUUCCACGAAGACAGAGGCCCCAUCGCUGUAUCAGCAGCUGCCAGUCAUAUUCGACCUUUAGCUCUGAGAAUUUCUCUGUGUCUGAUGGAGAGGAGGGAAAUACCAGUGACCACUCCAACAGUCCUGAUGAGUUAGCAGACAAGCUUGAAGGCCACCUGGCGGAGAAGCUGGAUGACCUACUGUCGCAAACACCAGAGAUCCCCAUUGAGAUAUCCUCGCAUUCCGACGGGCUCUCUGACAAGGAGUGCGCUGUGCGCCGCGUGAAGACACAGAUGUCUCUGGGCAAGCUGUGUGCAGAGGAACGUGGCUAUGAGAAUCCUAUGCAGUUUGAAGAUUCGGACUGUGACUCUUCCGAUGGAGAGUGUUCUGACGCCACGGUGAGGACCAAUAAACACUACAGCUCUGCUACUUGGUAAUGGAGGAAAACCCAUCCUGAAGAUCUCAUGACUAUACUGGCAUUUCAGAUCCUUUCCCCCGUCCCCCCCAGACUCUUUCCCCUCUCUCCUUGCUUUUUUGUCUGGGAAGAGAGCUGCCCCAUCUUUCUUACCCCUAGAAAUGAGCUGCAAUAACAGGAACAUGAGACUUCGCAAAUCUCUGGAAAAAAAAUAUCCAAAUGAAAUUAAGUCUCACUGAACAUUUCAAUCAAGAAUGGCAGGGAUCUAUUUUAUUGAAUAUUCUAGCUACUGUAACAUUGAUAUUUAUUUUUGUUUGACAUUUUAACACUUUGUACUGUAAAGAGUGAACUAUAUAUGAUAGAGAGAGACAAUAAUUUCUUGCAAAAAAAAAAAAAGAGAGAGAGAGAGAGAGUGAGAGAUAAAGGAAGAAAGAAGUGGAAUUUAGGAGCAACAUCCUUGGGAAUUUGUGGGGCCAGGAGGUAUUAUUGCUACUUGAACAGGGGACCAGUUCUUUUGGCCAUAAGUGACUGAAGAAGAGCCAGAGCAAGACAUAUUAUUUUAGAAAACAAAGAACAACAAAAGAAAAACAAUUCCAGGUAACUUGUGAACAGACCACAUUAAGUUCAACCAGCUUGUCCACAAGGGUGAUGGAAAUUGUCUAGAAAAGAUUGGUGACCAGAUACUUAUACCCAAGGUCGUUGAGGGCAUGUGCUUCCUCCAGGAGGAAGAAGACAACUAUACCUGUGGAAGCUGAUUUCAUUUGAAAAAUUUGAAGCAGCAUUUUGUAGUGAGACUUACAGAUAGCAUCAGACCUUGUCUUUGACAAAUACUUCCCUUUUUAAUGCCUUCAUCGUCAUGACCUUGACCAAUGUGUGACCUUGACCAUUGUAUUGAUUUUUCAGACUCAAGUGCCAUUUUCUUGUAGCCUAUUUCCUUUCCACCUGUUGACCACUUCCUUUAGGAAGAAGGGUGAGGGGUGCUGAUUUAAGAGAGAGAAGAGAUUUAUAACAGUAUUUGAAAAGCAAAUGUGGAAUUAAUGGAAGUACAUUCUCACAGUGUCUCAGUUGAGCUUCAAGCAGAAGAUGAGACUGCCCCUCUGUGGAACCCGGUUGCUUGUCUACUAGAGUCAUAUUGAUUCAAACAGAACACACUUUGAAGGCAGCUAGCAUGUGUGUGAGUCUGUCCAGUGUCCAACCCCAAACCAUCCCCCUUGUUUUCAUUUAUUAACUCAUCCUAUCCGGGAAGCUUUAGUGCGUGGCUACCACUAGCAGCAUAAAGGCAAAACAAGCAUCUUGCAAAAGGCAACCCCUUUCCCACCACAACAGCAUUUUCAUUAAAUGCAACUUGUAAAAUGUAUUUUACUGCACUCUGGAUCAAUGCAGUUUGGAAUAAUUGGAUUUGGAGAUUUCUGGAAAGAACAACCUGUGCUGAGCAGCAAUUAGAAAGAUCUGACAUUGUCCAAGGCAUGAGGUUCUGCUUGGCUUGGGGUCAUGGGCUUUGAAAAGUACCCCAGGGUACUUGAUGGUGCCUCAGCUCCAAGGAAAUUUUUACCUAGAAUUUUAUAUAGAAGCAGGUGUUGGCCUAGUUUCCGUCUCUUUCUCCAAGAAAGGUUACUGUCAAACAACCUCUCUAGGCUCAAGACCUAAAGACCGUGGCUCAACGCUUUGGUACUGCAUCAUGUUGGACAUUAGGAAAGACUUACACAUACAGGUAUUAAACUAUUUCCAACUCAGAUGAAACCAUUGCCCCCCCCCUCGGUGUCACUGAUUGCAUCAGCCAAAAAGGAAAGGCGGAGGGAAUUUAGAGCAGUUCCUUUUGCUUGUUUGAUCCCUCCAUUUGUUUACACUUUAUGUUGAGACAUUGAUUUAAAAUUUAGUGUCUAUAAUUUAUAGCUCUUAGCUUGGAUGAAGGAGAAUGUUUAACUUAUACAGAGAGCAGUAUUGUUUGCAUUAAAUUAUUCCAUUUUGUAUAAAUUCUGUAGCUGGACUACAUGAAAAAUCUUAAGUUAUGGCAUUAUUAUCAUUGUUAUUUUAUUUUAUAAUAAUUAUCAUUCUCAUUUUCUGUCGAUCAGAAGGUGUGGUUUACAGUGUAGCACAAUGAUUGUGUGUAUUGCUAACCGUGAGUAAUGAUGGCUUUUUAUGACCUUGAUGAAGGAAUGAAAAUGGAACUGCCAUUUGGGAGCUCCCUGGUACUCCCCUUAGUUGUAGUCCCUCAUUUUCUCUGUGCAACAACAAUCAUUGAGGGUCUGGGUUCUGCACUGGAGCCCAGUGGAUACACUGUGGUUUUUGACUUGAUCCUCAAAGCUCCUCGGUGGGCAGGUGACUGAGUGGAUGGACAAAGACUUCAAAAGCUGUAAACUUUCUCAAGUUUCAUAAGAAAUAAAAUCAUGGGACUACCUUAGAAGCCAAAAGAGAAUUAUUUAGUGCCCUGGGAGGAACCGGCCUAGGGAGUUUCCUCCCGGGGCCCGUGGGUUAGGCAGCGUCGGGAGCGGUCGGCAGUUUGUCAUCUCCUUCCUGCUGGGUCCUGUAGCAUCAAAACCUUUUUUUUUUAGCUCCUGGCUGGGAAUAGCAAAGAAACAUUAAAAAGAAGCAAAAAAAAAAAUUAAAAAAAAAAUAUAUAUAUGUCAUGACACUGACAUAAAUUGCCUAGCUGUGAUGUCAUCCCAUAAAAGAUGAGAGAAAUUCUAGAAGGAGGCCUAGUCGCUUAGAGGGUGAUAGGGCUGGAAAGGUACCUUGAAAGGCCGUAGUUUGCAUCGUUGGACUUUCAACCACACUGUACUGUAAAUCCCUCUGCUUCGUCGCUUCUGGGAACAGAGAAGCUACAAGCCUACAUCCUCCUUCUCUCCAACUUGAAACAUGCUUCAGCUCGUCCAGUUCUUGCCCACCUCUAGUGGCAAAAGGGAAACAUGAGGGUCAGCUUCUGUCUUACGCCUCUCAGUGAUGGUCUUCCCAGAAAACUCAUACCUGAUACCUCAUAAUUCUGAUAUUUUUUUGAAUUCCCAUCUUGACUGCUUGUCAUGAUAAUGCCAUAUCUACCUAUUGGGUUUACUGUUAUGAGCAUGUUAGGCUAGUAGGCAGUGUUGAAUCUUUAGCCAUUCAUUGUAUUGUCAAGAGUUGAAUAAAGUUCCAUGUUGAACGUU